AUGAAGGAAGAUGUACUGAAAGAUCUCCCCCCAAAAAUUAUUCAAGACUACUACUGUGAUCUCAGUCCGUUGCAGAUCAAGCUGUACGAAGAUUAUUCUCGAAUGCACCUCAAAUCAGCCGAGAACAACGGUGAAAACAACCUCAAAAUCGACGACGCAGCGGCUGCAAAAUCGUCAUCGUCGUCGUCUGCGUAUGACAUCAGAGAUAUAUCUCAUGCUACUAAGCUGCUUGCUUUGAAGCAGCUGCUAAUCGAGUGUGGCAUCGGGGAAAACCCUGACUCGUCAUCGGCAUCGUCUUCAUCAUUAUCGUCAUCAACAUCAUCGUCGUCAUCAUCAGCGGCAUCGUACGAAGCGUCGCUACUGAGUGGCAGCGUUUCGGUGGCGUCACAUGACCUCUGUUUCUUACUUGCGAUUGGACGAUUCAACAACGACCCGUCCAUCGACCUACUCCUCCUAUCCACACAAGUGGGAGGCCUGGGUCUGAACCUGACCGGAGCGGACACCGUGAUCUUCUACGACCACGACUGGAACCCCAUGAAAGAUUUGCAGGCAAUGGACAGAGCCCACAGGAUUGGCCAGAAAAAAGUCGUGACAGUCUACAGGCUAAUAACGAGGGGCACACUGGAGGAAAAGAUCAUGGGAUUACAGAAGUUCAAGCUGAACAUAGCACAGUCGGUGGUGAACCAGGACAACUACAGCCUCUCCUCCAUGGGCUCCAACCAGCUGCUCCAUCUCUUCUGCCUCGACACGUCGUCAUCAUCAUCAUCAGCCACGCAGAUCUCAUCCUCAUCAUCAUCAUCAUCGCAGAGUGAUGGCCGAGAUGGUAAUAGUCGUGGUAGAAGUGGCCCUAGAGGCCGCGGUGAUUUUGGAAGCGGCGACUUAGGCGGCAAAGUUUGCGGUGUUGGUGGUGGCGCGAUUUCGGCGGGAAAAAAUCAGUCGUGGGAUAUCAAUCAGUACGAGGGGGAAUAUAAUAUCAAUGAUUUUGUUGACAGUUUGAAGUGAUUGAUUGAUUGGUUGAUUGAUUGAUUGGUUGGUUGAUUUAUUGAUUGGUUGAUUGAUUGGUCGGUGUGCUAGUUGGUUGUAUGAUUAGAUGGACUUACAGUAGAUUGAUUAACUGACAAGUUGGUUGGUUUAUUUAUGGGCGAUUUAUGUUUGGAUUCGUUGAUCUAUUGUUUUAAGAGCUCACUAGUUGAUUGAUUUGUUGAUUGAUUAAAGGAUCGAUCGAUCGUUUGAUUAAAUGAAAAAAGAGUUGAUUAGUUAGUUUUUUGGUUGAUUCGCGAGCUUUGCUGUACAUAGACCCCUGAAAAUCUCGCACGUAAAACUGAUAAGUCAAUCAUAUUAUAACUUUUAUUUAAGCAUUCACUCAUUUUUGCUCUUUCAAUCGAUCGGCUUCAUUUUUUCAUUUCAAUCGAUCAAUCAAUCAAUCAAUCAUCUCUCUCUCUCUCUUUCUUUCUUUCUUUCUUUCCUUCUUUUUUUCUUUCUUUCUUUCUCUCUUUUCUCUCUCACUUUAUCUCAGACUGUUCCAGGUAAACUCAUAAUAAAAACUGAGUUUAUUAAUCGUUAUUAUUUUUAUUAUUGUUUUUUUAUUAUUGUUAUUCAUUGUUAUAAUUAUUUUUCUGUUCUUUUUUCCUCAAUAAAUGAUAUUAUUGCCGG